AUGAUUUCCCGGGCAACCAUUUCGAUAGAUAUCAAGUGUUGCACUCCGUCACAGAACGCUCUGUUUAUGAGAUAUGCAGGGGUGACCGUUCCAUUUCUGUGUUAUCGAGGCCGCACGCUUUCGUUUGUCGGUGGCGUCUCGUGGAGAGAACUGAUGCGCAGUGAGUAAAAAUUGUCUAGAUUCGUCUAAAUUCGUCUAGAUCCGAUAUCAAGAUAAAAACUAAAUAUAUGUUUAGUUUUUAGGUUUUUGAAGACUUUAAAAAAAAAAGGUAAAACCCGAAAUAUUGGAGAAUAUAUUAUUUUUUAUUCCGAAAACCUAUUUUAUUAUGUAUUAUUUAUGACAUUUUACCAGUAUCGCCGGUCACAACGAAAUAAUACGGAUCUAUUGUACGUAUAUUGUAAAUUUGUUUCUCUUAAUAUGAAACCGUUCCGUUAUUUUAUAUAAACAAUAUGUCAUAAAUAUUGUUUUAUACUCGACACCGAUAGUUCAAUAUCUUAAGAGUUGACGUUUCAAAUCAGUACAUAUUAUAAAUAAUUAAAACAUUUAUGUACAAAAAUAAAAAUUAAUAACUAACAAAAAAACAAUGAGGUUACUACAUAUUAAAAACCAAUUGUUCGUUGGUGGUUUCCGAUUCUGAGUGGAGUGAAGAAGCUUAUGGUUUUAUAACAAUGUUUAUUUUUAUUUUUUAUAUUUUUCUGUAGACAUAUUUUACCAGAAAUCUUGUUCCGACUUUUAAGUGUGGCACCUUUUCCGUAAGGAAGUCGGACUGGGGAGGUACUCUAAAGAGGUAAUUUUUUGAUUUUUAGGAAUUUUUUCAACAAACGGGAAAAACGUAGGGGAAAUGGGAACAUUGGCACAAUAUUAAACAAAUAUCAUUAAAGAAAAUAUAUAAUGCCUACGUAAUUAUUUUAUCAUCGUAUAACAUAUAUAUACAUAUAUAUUGUUGAAAAAGCAACGUUAUCAGCUGAACUCCGAUGCAUAACCGUUUUUUCGUUAUCGAUGUUUUAUCGUUGCUUACAGAUAUACAUUCAAUUUCCCCUCUACUACCUUCCCAACGUGCGAAGUAAGUCCGUCUUUUUUUUUUUUUUUUUGUAAUUUUGAUAUUGUAUCGCGCACUCGUAUCUCACUGAAAAUUUAAAACAACGAAAACCCCGAUUUUUUAAUAAAUUAUCCGUUACGAAUUGAUUAACAAUGUAUAUCAAGAAAUACGUGGGUUGAUUAUAUCUCGUCGUUGUCUUAUAUGCUGCUGCACGACAAUGACGUGUCGUUGUCGGCGUCAGAUUAAUUAUUAUUAUAAAAUAUCGUUUAUUAUAAUCAAUGUUAUUAAUAAUAACACGUAUUACGUACCGAGUAAUUUUAAUGAUAAUUUUACUUUGCCAGCACAUGCGAUAAUAUCAAACAAUCGAGAAUCUUAAAUCGUUUAAUGCGUAUUAAUAUUAUUAUAAUCGAUUGGGGAUAUUCAAUACCCACACGGUAUUAUACUUAUUAAAAUAUUUCAGCGGUUCGUCGAAUUCCUUAGGUGCCUGUUUUAAUAUAAAUAAUUUUUGAUUAAUCGUGUAGGUAGAUUAAGGUACCUCUAGCUAUAUUAUUCUUAAACGGUAUUUAGAUUAUCGCAUAUUUUUAAUGAUCGGAAAAAUGUUUGCACCGAAAUGAAAAACACCGGCGAGCUGCUGCGGUGUUCCGUCGCUAGAGUCGAAUUUUUCUUCGCAUAUUUUGUAAGAAAGAAAAAAAAUGGAUAAAAUUUAAUCAUAAAAAUGUUUUGGGAACUAUAAGAGUUAAGAGAUUGAACUCCGUUGGCACUUCGUCCUUAACAGUGAAGCCAACUGACUAUUAUCGCGAUCUCAUCUCCCUGGGAUUUGUUCAUGGAGCUUUUAAUGAUAUACAAAAACUAAAAAAUACACUUUAUACUCGCAAAAACGGUGUGUUUAAGUCUAACGUAGCUUUUAUCCGCCUACAAAACCACGCUAAUUCCCGAGUUUUAAUCUAUUAUUAUAGGUCUAAUAGGUGUAUGGCAAGCCGUUGGAGAUGUCCAAAAAGUAGUUGAAAGUCUAUAUAAUAUAGACCAGUAACGCACGCAAGAGUUUUGUUUAAAAUCCUAGAGAGGAUGGCACAUAAUACGAUCAGUAAAGUACAAUCACUGUUAUUACUAAAUAAAUUAUUUUUGAUGAAGUUCGAUUUUAUUUUUAAAAAAAAACGUAUUCAAGGAAGACGUUUCGGAGGGGUUUAUGACCCCUUACGCCCCCUCCCAUUCUUCCGUGUGCGCCUCUGACACCCAGUACAAAGCGAUAGUUUGAAUUUUCGAGUGAAAUUCGACAAAAAGACAGAGGGGUGGAAAAAACGCAUCAAUUUCAUUUACGUUAUUCCUACUCGGAAUCGUUGUAUUUAGUUUUAUGACUUCGAUAUUUUACACUUAUGCAAAUGUGCCGCAGAAUUAUUAUUAAUAUAUACAAUAUUAUAAUAUAAUAUAACGAUAAGUUUUUACGUAAUUGGAAAUUUAUGUCUACUCAGCGUGUUCUAAAAUAAUACAUAUAUAUAUAAGCUAUGAUACACAGCUAUACACAGCUAUAAUGUCUAUUAUCAUCUUUAUAGGUGUAAUCCUGCAACUUAUCCCGGGGUUCCAUAAAUCAUCAAUUUUACGGCAAAUACAAUGCACCGAAAUAUAAUAAUAAUAAUAAUAUUAUUAUUAUACCGACGGAGAUGAUAAUAAUUUAAAAAAAAAAAAAAAAAAUAAUAAAAUAUCACAAACUACUGUAAUAUAAUACUAUGUACGUCAUCGAAAUAAAUUACAUCGCCGCGCGCCCGGGGCAGGCUUAAGAGGAUGCGAAAUAAUUUUACUAUAACUACAGUCCUAUACGACGGACCGAAACCGAACGAUGUAAUUUAGUUUUCGAUAAAACGUAUAAAUGUCCGAUGAAAACCGUUCAAUCGUUGGAAAACUUACGUUUGCGGAUUAUUUAUGCCGUUGUCGGGUUUUAAAAACAGUAAUCAUAAAUUAUUCGAAUCCGAAUAACCGUAAUAAUUAUGGCAGUAUUUCUAGUCGAGUUAAAAAUCCGAAAGUUUACUAAAAAUGUGUUCAAUUUAUACCGAAUGAUCAAUACUCGGCAAGACACUCGUUAUCUCGUUAGGUAUUAACUUUUAUCAGAAUUUUUUUUUUUGAGCCGUUCAAUCAUAUCUAUAAUGCUAUAUUUUCGUAUUUUUUUAAUCUACACCCUUAUUUUUGAGUAUAAAAUGACUACCGACUUUUGAUGUUUAAAAUUUCGUAAAUAGACGAGAAGGUUUAGUUUAAGCUAAAUUUCCCAUUUUCAUAAAUCGUCCAAAAAAAGUUAAUAGUUUCUUCCGAAAUAAUGAGUGUCUUAUUGAAGAUUGAUCACUCUGUAAGAUAUAAUAGUUUUUUUUUCUCUUAGGACUGUCGGUCGUCGGAAAACUAAAACGUUUUUUUUCCUACGGUUUACAAUAAAUUAAUAUCGGUCAACAAUAGCAUUACGAUUUUUCGGACGUAAUCAUUUUUUUCACUCGAAGGCCCCUCAUUUCCAAGUCCGCCUAAAUAGAAAGUUAAACAAUACAAAAAACAAUAAUAAAACUGUUUGCGCAGAAUAAUAAGUAAAUAAUAUUAUAUUCGGUACUUAUAAACCAAGGUCCCGAUAUUCCCCGAACACUGGCGCAGUAGCCAAGGGAGAGAAAACACGAGGACCAUCCUCAAAUUAUGAUUGUAUUUUUUUUUAAAUGUAUCCACAUCGUUUCGUGUGUAUUUGUUCAGUUUACGGUGUGUAAAAUAUGUGUUUAAUUUUCAUAAUAUUUCAUUGAUUAGUUCAAUGUUAAAGUAUAUGUUAGAAUGCAAUUGAAUAAGUGAACUCUAACGCGUAAUUUUAGGGUUUUUCGUUUAUUUUACCACCCUAUUCUCACUAAGAAAGCAGCUCCACCCCACUGCCGAGAGCCACCACGUAUCGACCUAUUCACUUGAAAUUUUCCGGUGCGGUCGAUUCUUCAUUUUCUCCUUAGUUAUGGAGGUUCAACGUUUUAAAUCAAAAACAUUGUCGUUGUAAACGGACGAACGCGUAGUACAAUGACUACUAACAAAUGUGAAGACAAAUAAAUAUUUUACUUAGUUCACAAAUAAAGACACAAAUAAAUAUUUAGGUACUUAUAAAUAUUUCGAGAGAAUAUUCAUAUCGCAGUAUAGCAAUAUUUUCGGUCUCGUUUCUUUUUAUUAUUUAAAUGUGUAUAAAAAAACGGAUUUUUAUGUAAUUAGUACUGAAAUUUGUAUCUAUUUCUUCUUACUUCAACAUGCGUGUUUCAAAAAUUAGAGAUUAUAAAGAGGACCGGUAAUAUUUUUAAUUUUUGUUCUUUUUUCCUUCGAAAAUUGUUUCAAUACUUUAUUUUAUUAUCGGUCACGCAAAUUAUCAGUGAAAUAUAAUUUGGACUAUAAUUCACUCCACAUUUCACAUGCAACAAAUAUAGUAAUAAUUGUUAAUUAGAUAUCUCAUUAACCAGUUAAUAGCUUUAAAAUUGAAUUACUUUUUUAUCAUUCACGUGAAAAAUAGAAGAGAAAAUUGAUUCAUUAACUAAAACUGUUAACGAAUUAAAAAUUACCAAGUCUACAAUUGUUUUAUCACCUAAUUCUCUAUCGGAUAAAUUUGCAUAGCUUCUAAAAAGGUCGACAAACUAUCAAACCAAAUUGAUAGCUUAUCUUUCGAUAUCACACCUUUAAAAGAAAGAGUUGAUAUUAUUGAGUCGAAAACUAAUUCUUUAAAUAUGAAUGAACCCAAACUCAACAAUAAUGAGUUAAUAUCAAAGAUGAUGCUGAAACAAUCUCGCCUAAAAAAUAUCCUACUUUUCAAUCUACCAGAAUCUACUAUUGGUUCAAGCUCACCGAAAUUAGAUCAAACCACUGUUCAAACUUAUAUUAAGUAUCUAAAUUUGGAAUCUGAACCUCUUCAACUUUUCGACUUAGUAAACUAUCAUCCAUUUAAAAUACUACCAAAAUUAGACUAUUCAAAUUAUGUUUCACCGGUCAAAAAAAAUGUGUUUCUUAUAUUUGCAAGCCAAAACAACUUACAAUCUAAUCCUUUGUGGAAAUACAUUAGAUUUUCAUUAGACCGGACUAAACAACAACAAGAUUAUAUGUCAAAAAUCCGCCAAAAACUUCUCAACUUACAAUAA